AAUUGGAAAAGUCACACGCGGAAAGAAGGAAAACGGGUUCAAGGAAAAUCAUAAGAAUAAAUUUUGCACAAUAUUUAAAGCCGCGAAAAAAAGUAUUUGUAGUCAAACUAAAGUAAAAAGGACAAGAGUGCAUUAAUAAUAAAACCGCCUGUCAUUAAUAAGCCGCUUUCCUUCAGCCCGGUGCAGUAAAGCCGGCGUUGAAAAUGUACACAUGUGUUACGCAUGUAGCAAAGACGUUUGCGGCAGAUAUGGAAGAAUAAAUUGGAUUGCUUGGCGCUUCGAAGAUAUUAAAAAUUAAAUAAGCAUACUCCGAAUUCCAGUCGGUCAGAAAAGCACGCAGAUAGAGAUGUUUUCGAUAAAAAAAAUACUCAAAAUGAAAAGCUAAGCUCUUAAAAAAGGUGCGCCUACUAAAUGGGUUUUUAAAUUUCAGGAAACCCUCAGCAACUGGGCGAUAUUCGUAAUAUAGGCGUUCACAAUUUACAUACAUUCGCUUUUUGGUUUUAAACCCGAAUGAGUUAGCUUUGUUUAGUUUCUUAUUUAAUUGAUAUCAGUUCAGAUUGAAAUGGUUGCAGGCAACAUGAAAAUCAUAACACUAACAAAUGCAACAACUUCUAAGAGUCAAAAUCAAAACAAUUUUUUAAAGACCAACUCAUCUAUUUCCAAAAUGAACACGGAUAUUGUACAAAACGAGUCACCAAAAAUGAGGUAUUAUAAAGGGAACAGUUAUAACAGUAGCGACAGCGUUAAAUCGCUACAAACACCCAAACAGUGUGAUUUAAAUAACAAAAGUGUUAAAAAAUCACAUUCACACACGCUAUACAAUAUCCCAACUACAUCACUUUCAAAUCGCAAGAAGUUCUAUCAGCAUCGUUACCACCAUAGUCAACAACAGCACACGUUCUUGAAUAAUAAGAAGAAUAAUAAGAGAAAUAUCACUACAAAAAAUAAAAGUCUUUUAGAUUCUGAUUCAACGAACCCAAUUUAUCUAGAUCUUAUCGCACCACCUUUGCCAAACCAAAAAGUGGCUAAAGUUGAUAACUGUUUAAUGAAUGUCGAAGAUUUGGUUAAUAAUAAUAAUACCAUAAUAUUAGAUGCCAACAGCAGUUGUACACCAUCAUCUAAUAAUAAUAAUAAUUGCGACGCGUCCUCUGCUGACAAUUCGAUUGCUCUUUCUUCGCACAGAGCUAAAACUCAGCUCAAGCAACAUCAAGCACCAUCAACAUCACCAAAAAUUGUUGAGCCAGUUUCAGACGUCACUCUUAUCAAUCAACACGAUUGUAUUAGCAGUAUUAAAAGCAUUAAUCUUGAUUGUAAUAGUUGUUGGGCGAAUUUGGUGACUCCACAGGUUUCGGAAUCACAAGCAUCGUUACCCUGGCCUUGGGUACAUGUAAGUAGGCAUAAAAGUACUUCCGUUAGCUCCACAUCGUCGUACUCUUCGUCAGCGUCGUCGUCAAUAUUGACACCGACAGGAAGUAACUCGGAUUUGUUGCAAAAUAUCAACGCUAAAUACACAGAUACCACAGCGCACACCUGCCCAACAAAGAAAAAAUCGUUUCGAAAAGGUAAAACCAGCAUCGCAUCUAGGAGUUACAACACAGACAGACGCAGUUCGUCUCCACAUGUAAAAGGGCAACGUAAACGGAGAACUUAUAACAUACAGACAACGGCAGAUGAUCUGGGAGAUACUAAGGUAAUUUAUAAAAAGCCCAAUUAAAAUAUUUCCAUUGCAUUGUGCGUACAUAUGUUCGUAUGUGUGUUACAAAGUUUUUAAACAGAGAUUGCAAAUAAUGGGUUUCACUUCCGAGUAUUCGCAUAACAAAAGUAAAGCCAGACAACAGGUUUGUUCAUGUAAAAAAUAUCCAUUAACUUGCCAGGAACUCACCAGUAACACAAUUUCUGAGAAUUCACUAAUAGAAAAAAUAUCCAAGAAAGUAUGUGAAUGCAAAACCUGUAAUAUUUUUCAAGUUUCAUAAACAGCUGAUAAAUCGGUUGUUUAUGCGCAGAAAUUACCCAAUAAAAGUAUUUUUAGCUCUGAUCCAAUAC